UACAAACCAUCAACUGAAAGGUACUUCUGAUUGGCUGGUUUAGACAUUGGGCGGUAGCAAGAAGUCACCUCAAGAUGCAUGCUCGCAGCUGCGUUCACUCAUGGAAAGACACAUGGACAAUGGAGCUACAACAGCCUACUUGAUUAAACACAAACAGCUAUAAUAAACCAUCUAAGUCAAGAUGCAAAGGCGGAGACGGAGAUGCAGCAAUCCAAAGGAUGAUGCCAAAUGUUAUAUUGACACUGGAGGGGACAAAGCAGGGCUUGACGUCCAAUACAUCAAUGCCAUCAAAGGUCGCGGCAUCUUCACCUCUAUACCAUUUCAAACAGGAGACUUUUUGAUAGAAUAUAGAGGUGAACUCAUAAGCCAACAAGAAUGUGAGACGAGACUGGAACGUUAUCCUGUCAGGCUCAAGGGGUUCAUGUUCGAAUUCCAUUUUGAUGGAAAACUGUGGUGCGUCGAUGCAGCAAAAGAGCACGAGUCUCUAGGCAGACUUGUGAAUGACAAUCACAGAAACCCGACUGCAAAGAUGAAAAGACUAUCCGUGCAAGGGAAGCCCCAUCUUUGUUUGUUCGCUGAGCGAGACAUAAGUCCAGGAGAGGAGAUCACCUAUAAUUACGGUGAUUCAGACUGGCCGUGGAGAUGCAAGGGUCUUGAUGAAGUGAUGCCUCUGGAAACCUGUGGGGCCACAUCUCCAAAUGAGAACAUUGAAGAGAUGGUGACUAACAGCGACUGCACUGAGAGCUACACGAAGACGACAGGUCAAGUGUUUUCUCCCCUCAGCAGAGCCGAAAAGCAUUGCUUGAGGAUCGCAACUGUAUCCUCAUUGGACAGGUGUGCUUCCUGUGUGGGACCUGUGUCCUCCUCCAAGUGGCUUGGAUAUGAAUGCAAAGAGUGUUCAACAGUCUGGCAUCAAUCCUGCUUCAGAAACAUCCAGGAUGAUAACCUCCAUUAUCUACCUAAGCCUUCUGAAAACAGUUUCAGAGAUGAACUGCAGUCAAUCCAAUCAGAUUCAGAAAAGGAUCAAAUAUCCGAUGAGUGCAUGUCUGGUGGGGAAUACAUACCCGACUCACAAGGGGAUGAUGAUUAUUCAGAUGCAAGUAUCCCCUUAAUGCCUAGUCAGUCAAAAGCUGGACGGAUUCAAUUUGAAACACUAACUGAUGUUGGAAAAAAUGAUCCAUCGGACACAAGCCUCCCAGUAUUGCCCAGUACAUCCGAGGAUUGGCCCCCUCUUGAUAUGGCUAUCGAUGCCACAACAUCUGGUCCAUCGAUUUCUAACAAAGACUCGUACAAGAAAAAGGCUAAAGCUGAGCUUCCCAAACAUCUGACAUUGAGCACUAAAAAUUACUGUUUCGUUUGUAGAGAACCACAAAGCAAAAUUUCCCGCCAUUUCAGAACGCACAAAACGCAUGCUGAAAUUAUACAUGCCUUUUCCCUUCCCGAACACUCGAAAGAGCGAAAGAUAUUAAUAGAAAAAAUGAGGAAUAAAGGAAAUUUUAAACACAACACUGAAGUUUUAAAGAGUGGAACAGGGAAGCUAAAAGUAAAGAGAAAACCAAAGGCUGAAGCACCGGCAGGAAAAUUCAUCCACUGCAUGCACUGUAAAGGAUUGUACAUCCGCAAGGACCUUUGGAGACAUGUCCGCAGAUGCCCCUGUAAGCCAGAAACCAAAGAAGAAGAAAAACCUGCAAGAACCAAAGUACUGGGUUUGGCCUCAGCUCAAGAGUCAGUUUUUUCUCAGCAGAUCUCAAGUGGAGUGUGGAAGCUACUCAAUGCGAUGAGACAGGAUGAUGUUGCGUCAGUUGUCCGAAAUGACUUCUCUAUUAUUCAGUUUGCCCAGUCACUCUACAACAAACACGGUCAAGACCCUACUAAGCAUGAAUACAUACGUCAGAAGCUACGUGAAGUUGGACGUUUGUUGCUUUGUCUGCAAACAGAAUUCUCGGUUUAUAACCUUGAGGAGGCUGUUAAACCUGCUAACUUCCAAAGAGUGGUGCAAGCGGUGAAGAAAGUGUCAGGAUUUGAUGAUAAACACCACACAUAUUCAACACCAAGCCUGGCGUUGAAACUUGGACAUACACUACUCAAAAUAAAUGACAUUAUUCACUGUCGGGCCCUUAUGGCAGAAGAUGAUGAACUGAUCAAAUCAACUAAAAUGUUCGAGAAACUGUACACCUCGAAGUCGUCUGAGUUUGUGUCUCACGGUGCUCUGAACACUCUGAGCGGUGCAAAAUACAACAAACCAUCAACAUUACCCUUCACCGAAGAUGUUCAGAUCCUUCAUCGGCACCUUGACAAGUCUGCAGAAAGUGCCAUUUGCAACUUAAAAGAGGAGGCGACACCUCAGAACUAUGCUGAACUUGCAAAAGUUGCACUUGCACAAGUCAUAGUGUUUAAUCGAAGACGUACUGGGGAGGUUUCAAAAAUGCACCUCAAACAUUUUAAUGAAAGAGACAACGCAGAACUGCAUCAAGAUGUUGUCAAGGGGUUGUCAAAGACUGAACAGAGGCUCUGCAACUAUUUCAGCCGAGUUGAAAUCACGGGAAAGAGGGGCAGAAAGGUUGCAGUUCUGCUCUCACCAAGCAUGUUGGAUGCCCUGUCCCUUCUUGUGAGUAAAAGAGCUGAAUGUGGUGUUUGUUCCACCAAUGUGUUCCUGUUUGCAAGACCCAAAUGUAUGAGCUGCUACCGAGGACAGGACUGCUUGCGUCUUCAUUCAAGCAAGUGUGGUGCAAAGCACCCUGAGCACAUCAGGUCGACACACCUUAGAAAACAUGUCGCAACACUCUCCCAGGUGCUUAAUUUAAAAAACAAUGAACUGGACCAGGUAGCUGAUUUCCUGGGUCAUGAUAUCCGGGUACACCAGGAUUUCUACAGGUUACCAGUUCCAACCACACAACUGGCCAAGAUUUCCAAACUGCUGUUAUCUAUGGAGAAAGGACAGCUUUCCAGCAUUCAGGGGAAAUCACUGGACGAGAUUGAAAUUGAAGAUGAAAUUUCAUUCAGUGACGCUGAAGACGUAAACAGUGAUUCUGAUGAUGAUGAGACGGCAGCAACAGAGUGUGGAACUAGCGAACCUGUGACUGCUGCAUCCACAUCUGUUAUCACAGAGCAAGACAUUGACAAUUUGGCAGAAACGCUGUCAUCCACAGUGAGUGAGACGGCUCCUCCCUAUGAAGGAAAGGAUCAUGAAAAGGCCAGAAAAACAAUCAAGAAAGCGUGGGCCAAGAAUGAGGUAGCUGCAGUAAUGCGGCAUUUUAAGCUUUAUAUUGCCAAAGGACAUCUGGCCACCAAAUCUGAGUGCCAGCACUGCAAGCUGGUUGAAGGCAAAGUGCUUGAUGAACGAACGGUACAAAAUAUAAGAGACUUUGUUCGCAAUCGCGGAAUCGCCCGAAAGAGGCAGUCACAGUGAAACCAUCAGUUUUGUUUUGUAUUAUGUUGUGGUUAUCCUGAGGACUUCAAGUUUAUUACAGCACCCAUGUCCAACCGAAGGGUCAGUUGGAUAAAAAUUGCAUUAUAAUGGGAAAGCAAAGCUAUGUAACAUUUUGGACGUUAUCCCGGCCGUUUUCUAAUCCCUUUUAUUUUGUAUGUUAAACCAAUGAUUCAUACUAAUGCACUUUUUGACAUUUGUUUUAAAUGGUAAACUAUGCAGAUUUUUCCUUCAAAAAAGCAAGCCAUUGACUCGCCAACAACCCAUUGACGUGUGUGUUUUGGUGUCUAUCGAAACCUAGUAACCAUGUUUCAUUGCUCUCUCGGUUGCCUUCAAACAACAAUUCCUCUGACUGUCGAUCUGUAUGUCGCUGACUGUCUGACUGUUGAUCUGUGUAGCUGUAUGUCUAUCUCUAGCAAGCUCAUCUGUUGGUCUGUCUUAACAGUUUACUCUGCUCCAACUUUUGUCACAUGGCCUGUUAACUGGACCUUUUUCUGCAUAGUAUACUUGAAUGUGUUUAAACAUAAAUGUAUUUGUUUGAGAAGAGUUGAUGCUACCUUUUUUAUUUUACAAUUAAAGUGACUGCUCCCAUAA